AAAUUUUGCAACCAGAGAAGUCUGUAACUCGAAAAGUCUGAGGCGAGAGUCGUGCCUUGCUGAGCCUUCCCAACCUCCAGAGAGGCAUCUUGGCCGCAGAAUUAAAGGCUCCGUGGUCCCGUCCUGAAUGGAAACCGUCGGGCUAGAAUUGGCUGGACCCGAACCGGGAAGAAGCUCGGGGGCUUCGGAGAUGCAGGGCGGUGGAGACUUCUGGGGCCAGACGAUGGAGAAGCUCCUGCAGGGGAACGGGUCUCAGUGGGCCGAGAGCAACUGCAGCAACUUUAACAACUUCCGGGAAUUCUGCUACCAGAAGGCCGAAGGGCCGCAGGAGGUUUGCGGCCGGAUCCACGACCUCUGUCGGCGGUGGCUGAAACCGGACCGGCACACAAAGAAGCAGAUCCUGGAUCUGGUGGUCCUCGAGCAGUUCCUGAAAGUCUUGCCGCCCAAGAUGGAGAACUGGGUGAGGGAAUGUGGGCCAGAGACCAGCGCCCAGGCGGUGGCCCUGGCCGAGGGCUUCCUCCUGAGUCAGGCGGAGCAAGCCCAGGUAAGAGUGAGUUUGGGCUUCGUCCCGGCAGAAGCCAGAAGGGGCUAGUAACAUGAAGCAAGGCUACUUGGGGGAAAAAACCAAGUGGUCUCUCUGGAGGCUCUCCAAGGAAGGAGCAUGCCAGCACCAGAGAGGACGGUGAUGGCUAAGGGGUGGAUCCAGCUGUUCUUGUGGGAAG